GAUGGAGCCUGGCCAAAGUCGGCGUCGCUGUCUGCAUCGAGGUGGAACCGUCUGACGACAGCAUCUUCAAGUUUAACGAGACACUCUACCGCUGCAGCGACAACAUGUUGGCACCAGUAGACCAGGCCGAUGCGAGGUUCGCGACGGUCUCGAGCAGCCACAAGGUUGCCAUGCUGAACGCCGCGAGCGCCAGGGCAUCGACGUACUUGACAGAGCUCUCGCAGGGCGGGAAGCUAUCGCCUGAGAAGGUGCGGAUGCAUCCUACCAGCCCGAGUGCCACGAUUUGCGCUUUCCCAUUGCCGCUGCCAGAGGCGGCGAAUGAGAAAGCGCAGCGCCCCGGGUUGCGAGGGGCAUCCUCGAAGGCCACCGCCGCGAACCCUGCGAUGGCUGUUCCGCUCAAGAACGGGCUGGAGUGGAUCGCCAUCCGCGCCUCAGUGGACAAGCAAUGGCCAUCAAUGGCCGACUGGCUUCAAGAAGCAUUGAACAGUGGGCAUGGCACUGAGCGCGUGCAAACAAAAAUGCGGACCAUGCUAGAAAUGCACCAGAAAGCGAUGAGGAACUUCCGUGUGUCUGGCGAAUAUGGUUGGGAGCACAUAGCUAUGGCCAUCGAGAAUGACAGGCAGCACAUGAUUGGCCAAGUCAUGCCCAUCUGCACGUUCGUGGCAAACUGGAGCGGCGGUGCUUCUGGCAACUACUUGACUGAGUUAGACGCAUGGGCAAAAACCCUGGAGGUGACGAGAGACGCGUCUGGGAUUACAUUUAAGGUACUUGCAGACCUUCGCUUCGUGCAAGGUCCCGAGAUUGUGCUCGCGAUGCUGAAGGCCAGUUUCGUGUCUCCUGAGUCGAUGUGCAAGAACGGCGUAUCGGUCCUGCUGGGCGGCCAGGACAUGGCCACGGUGACGGGCAAGGGCAAGCAUAAUGUCCUCGCGUUCAUCACCAUGCUUCGCAAGGUCAAGGACCGGCUGCGCGAGAUCAUGAACAGCUCCGAGCUCAGGGGCAACCUCGCAGUUCGCGUCGUGAUGUGCAUCCACAACAAGAAGGUGCGAUCCCGAAAGGUGUGGCAGUCCCUGGAUGAGAUCGGCUCGCAGCUGCUGAAUGACGCGCACGACUUGGCCCCUGCCGCGGCGAAGCCCGAGCCCCCCUUCGACGUGAAGGCUGUCAACCACAUCAAGCGCGCGGGCGUGGUCGAGCUCGCGACGCGCGGCUUCGAGGCCAAGGGCGUGGACGACGCCGCGCUGAUGGCGAUGGGUUUCGAGGUCGGCGUGGAUGUGGAGCUCGUUGCAGGCGGGCCGCAGAGGUGGAAGAUUUCGCGCGUCCGCAACGGCCUCGCCAAGUUGACGGUUGUAGGCCCCAACAAGCCCAGGAAGAUUGCCGAGGAGACGACCGAGGUCAUGACUGGC